AUGGCCGCUUAAAUUUCCCCUGACAUCUUAGAAGUAAGAAGCUCAACUGGAGAGAUUUUUAUUCUUUAUGCUGAUCUUAAUGAACGAGGAAGUAUAGACCUUGUAUGCUUGAUGGGAAUUCGAGUCACUUAAGAUCAAUAAAUUGGGAUCUUUGUUACGGGAUUCUUUGGAAAUAAUCCAAGUACAAGUGGUUUAUUACAUAAUGCAAAUGCAUUAGUGAAUUACGACGCCAUUAUUCCUCAAAUGAGUGAUGGUAAAGGCUAUAUUGUGGGAUGCUUAGAGAGUUAAGCUUUAAAUAAACCUCUUCUUGGAAUGGUUAUUCAUUAAUAUUAUAGUGGAAAUUUUAUGGUAACAUACAGAAAUGUGGCUGAAACUUAAAAUAGCUUUUAAUGCCUCGCUGUAAUAGUAGCUUAGAGAAAUGAUAUCUAAGUUGUCUAUAAAACUUUAUUUGAAAAUCAAGUUAGAAUUAUAAUUGCUAAGAUGUAGUCAGAUCCUUUUGACGCUGGAAAAUUAUUUGAUAAUGUCAUCUAUGAGGAUUUUAAAAUUCCAAAUGAUAACAUAUAUCCAAGAUAAUUUAAGUAUCUAUACAAUGAUAUUAACGACUACUUUCAUCUUGGAAGUACAUUAGCUCAUAACAAUUAAUAAAGCGCUUACUUUACUUAAUUAAAUAGCAAUACCUACUAUAGCAUUAUUGAAAACUAGGAUUAGGGAAAGAAUUAAACAUAUUAAUAAUUAAAUUCAAAAUCAUCAAUUGGUGGAUCUGGAACUAAAGAAAAUAUAUAUAAUAAUUCCAUAAUAAGACCAGCUAUUGAUGUGAUAAGGAAUAAUCUGGCCUAUGUAAAACUAUGGCGAAACUAAAGUUUAAUCGGGGAAAAUGAUUAUAAUGUAUCAUAGUUAAUCGUAAAAUAGGUGAGAAUACCUGAGAAUUUAUCUUCAGUAAUUGAUUGCAGUUUGGAGAUCUAGAACAAUGAUGUAGAAAAUGUAGGAUUUUUAAGAUUUUUCAAUUAAAGCUAAGAUGCAUUUAUGACAGCAAAUAUUUCUACCAAGUUUAAUGAAAUAACUAAGAUAGGACUCUUUUAAUUUAACAUUACUUAUUAGAUAACUGAUGGGGCCGAUCCAGCUAAUAGGUUAAUUUUAGCAUAAGACAUGUUUACUUUGAAUGUAACUAAUCGUUGUCAAGAAGAAUUCAAAAUUAUAAAAGAUAUUAAAGAUUUAAAAAUUAGAUAUAAGAUAUCUACAGAUGUGGAAUAUUACUAAAUACCUUAAAUGAAAUUAGGUCCAGCCGAGGAAUGCUUUAACAAAAAAUUGGCAAUAAUUCUCGAUGAUAACUCCUAAAUGAACUUAGAUAUAAUCAAAUCAGAUCAUGAUAGAUGUAUAUACUAAUAUUCUAGGCGAUUAAUGGAAAGAGUAAAUACUUACCAAUAUCAACAUUGA